GCGUGCGGCUGCGCGCUUGACGGCCGCUUUGCGACGGCGGCCGAGGCUGCCGGAAAGCGAGGCCGCCGCCGCCGUUGCUGCCGCGGAGUGAGAGGUACCCCCUUUGUUUGCAGAAAACAAUUAUCUUCCUGUUUCAUGAAGAAGAUGAAAACUACUGGGUUACUGUUAAAAACAUCUGAGAGAACACUACAGACCAAUGAGUAGAAUCAAUAAGAAUGUGCUCUUGGCCCUUUUAACACUGACAAGCUCUGCAUUUCUGCUGUUUCAGCUGUACUACUACAAGCACUAUUUGUCAGCAAAGAAUGGAACUGGUUCAUCAAAAUCCAAGGGAAACCGAAUUGGAUUUGAUAGUACACAGUGGCGUGCAGUUAAGAAAUUUAUUACGUUGACAUCCAGCCAAAAUGCGCCAGUGUUCCUCAUUGACCCUUGGAUUCUGGAAUUGAUUAGUAAAAACUUGGAACAAGUGAAAAAUGCUUCUCAAGGUUCAGCGUCGGACUGCAGAUUCUUGUGUGCUCCCAGAGACUUCACUGCGUUUGCGCUGCAGUAUCACCUGUGGAAGAGCGAGGAUGGCUGGUUUCGGAUAGCUGAGAAUAUGGGAUUUCAGUGCUUAAAGAUUGAAAGCAAAGAUCCUCGACUAGACGGAAUAGACUCCCUUUCCGGAACUGCAAUCCCCCUGCACUAUGUCUGUAAGCUGGCCACUCACGCCAUACACUUGGUGGUCUUUCAUGAGAGAAGCGGCAACUACCUCUGGCAUGGUCACCUACGGCUCAAAGGACACAUGGACAGGAAGUUUGUUCCUUUUCGAAAGUUACAGUUUGGUCGUUAUCCUGGAGCUUUUGACAGGCCAGAGUUACAGCAAGUUACUAUUGAUGGACUAGAUGUGCUUAUUCCAAAAGACCCAGGACACUUUCUAGAAGAAGUACCACACUCCAGAUUUAUCGAGUGCAGGUAUAAAGAAGCUCGGGCAUUCCUUCAGCAGUACCUUGACGAUAAUACUGUGGACGCUAUGGCCUUUCGGAAGAGGGCAAAGGAAUUACUGCAGCUAGCAGCCAAAACAUUAAAGGAACUGGGAGUGCCCUUCUGGCUGAGCAGUGGAACUUGUCUGGGAUGGUAUCGACAAUGCAGUAUCAUUCCUUACAGCAAAGAUGUCGACCUAGGAAUUUUUAUACAAGAUUACAAACCUGAUAUUAUUUUGGCAUUUCAAAAUGCAGGACUUCCACUCAAACACAAAUUUGGAAAGGUAGAAGACAGCUUGGAACUAUCCUUCCAGGGAAAAGAUGAUGUAAAACUUGACAUUUUUUUCUUCUAUGAAGAGACUGACCAUAUGUGGAAUGGAGGCACUCAGGCCAAAACAGGAAAAAAGUUUAAGUACCUGUUUCCCAAGUUCACGCUGUGUUGGACUGAGUUUGUAGACAUGAAAGUCCAUGUGCCCUGUGAAACAGUAGACUACAUUGAAGCCAACUAUGGUAAGACCUGGAAGAUUCCCGUCCAGACGUGGGACUGGAAGAGCUCACCUCCAAAUGUGCAGCCCAAUGGGAUCUGGCCCAUUUCUGAGUGGGAUGAGGUUAUCCAGUUGUACUGAGAACGCAAAGUGAAGGAGGGACAUUUCCCAAACAGAAGACGGGUAACUGUCUAAAGGCUGCUGUCUUCGCCUCAUGUGAGAGCCAAAGAAGAUAAACAAGUUUGAAGACAAAAUUGUUCUAACUCGUGGACCAUCUAAUUAGCUCUGUCAUUCAACAUUUACUGAGGAGUUUAUUCACCAGGUAAAAUGCUAGCUGGUUUGGUGGACAGGCGGGGAUGAAUGAGCAAAUGCCUGCCUCUCUCUUGUCAUGUUGGUAAGCACUCCUGUUCUCUGAAGAGCUGAUGUACACUAUGAUGUAUUCCACAAUGAAUCUCAAAAUGUGAGUUAUGUAGAUACGGGAAGUGAGCUCACUUAACGGUAAGGGCAGGUACAUUGGUUAGGAAAGAUUAAUUCCUGCCUGCCUGCCUGCCCUCAGGACUGAAGCUGCUGUGUGGGGGCCUCUUUAAGGUGGAGGAGUAUGAGUUAGUACUGCAGUGAGUGGUUAGAUUUUGAGUCGCACAGAGAAAGAUAGUGGCAGACUCAUUUCACAAGCACUGUGAUCCUCAGUUGGCUAAAGCACAGGGUGAUGAGAUGAGAGUGAAGAUGAGAGUCAGUUUCAAGUCUUGUCAAGACGCACACGGUCUUCAUAUUUGAAAUGGGAAGUCGAUGCCUGUGUGAUGCUUAAGUUCUGACGUCACAGGAGUGUCUUCACUGACCCGCACUAGUCCUUGUUGAUAAGUCACUCAGUCAUGCUGUCCGAAAGUUGUGGUUUUGCAAAGCUCACUGUCCUUAUUUCAUUCUCAAUCGCUGUUAGAUUUAAAAAAUAGGAGGCAUUCAUGGAUAUUUGCAUAUUAUCUAAACUUAUAACUCUUCUAUCCUUAAUUAUAAUAUUGACACUAAAUACUAAUAGAUACACCUCUGAGAUUCCUAAAUAUACCCUUUAUUUAUUUAUCUACCGUACCUCUAUUUCUUUAAUUUAUAACCUACACACUAAUUUAUUUAGCAUAAAGAUAUUACUGUCCAUUUUUCUAUCCAGUAUUGCCUCAGGUUUCCAAAAUGGAGGAUUAAUGUGAUCCUGGUAACUCUUCCUCAUUCCAGAUCACUGUUUUUAAAGUCUGUGUCCGUCUCUAGAUUUUCUUUCUGCUGAGUAUAAUACUACAAGGACUGAGACGUCCCUCCUCCCAAGCACUACACCUGCUGGAGCCCUUGGCCUCCCUUUUCUUCUCCGAACACCCUCGUGAGUGAGUAGGCUGGGUUAGCUGCACCCGUCUCUUUCCGUGUACCUGAGCGACGUGCUCUGAUUGAGGUAUGCAGGGGAGCCUGGCGCAAUAGACGCUGCCUUAGAGAUGAUGCUCUCUCUUCUCUGCUGCUUAGGGAUGCUUCCCAUGGCAGCCUGGCAGAUUUCCCUUCAAACUGUAGUUACUCAAAUGGAAAGCAGAACCUCUAAGAGAGUGGGCUGGCAGAAACUUAAACAAACAAAGAAACCUUGGGGGAAGUCACUUGAAGCCACCCACUUCCAAACUUUAGAAUCAACAUGAAAACAACUCUGAUGGACGAUAGGCAGCAGUUUGUGAAGAUGCAUCCUCCAUGUAGGAAUACCAAGUCUCAAUAUACCAUCAGAAUCAGAUUUUCAGGAACCGUUACAAUUAUUAUCAAACGUGCCCCCAAAUUACAGGUCAUAAACAGUUCUUUCCUAGAAAAUAAGUCCAUAGAGUGUAUAUCCAGGUUUUAGAUAUCCAACCCUAAUUUCAUUUUCAUGCACCAGAAAUAUAACAGAUGGUAAUAACAUUGUUGAGAAGAACCCACCCUGUCUGGAGAGGACCAUUUGCAUGUACUCAGUAUCUAGAAGGAAGUUUACAUCAUAUCUCUUGAGAGCUCCCAUCUUCUGCCAGGACAUCUUACCUACUCCUGUUCAAGUUACUUUGUACAAGUAUCCAUCUUUGGAGUUCAAGGUCUGGAAGUGUCCAGAAUACAGGCCACCUGGGCCAUAGUCAGAGGUCUGUAAUCUCUUAUACAGGGGACACUUCUUGUCUUCCCGCUGGUGUGGCUUUAGGGUUGAGGUUCCAUCCUACCUUGCUGAAAAUGAAAGCCUUUCCCUAGAAUUUGAAGGCGAGGCCUGCAUCUGAAAAUGAUCCUGUGAUUCAGUCACAGCAAAGCCAGUACUUCUUAACCUUUGAACUCUGCCGAGUGUCCAGAGACCUUGGGUUAGGUUUACUGACCCCUGCACCUUCUCAGAUCACUUUUGUUUCCUCUUUGAACAUGCCAACUGUCCCUCUCCUGUAUGACUACUUUCUGGUCCCAUUGCCUGGCUUGCUUGAAGAUCCCUCUUCUAGUAACGUGUUGGUAGGAGUGUAACCAAGGACGUCUCCAAAGAGACCCUGAGAAGCCAGUGUUUUCUCGUUUUGCAACAGCCAGCUGCUUCUCCAAGCACGGAGCACACGCCCUGCUCUUGGCUGCAGUUACUGACAUCUGGCUGCUGGGAUAAAAUAAUAAUAAUCACACUGGGCAUCCCUAAGAGUAGCUGAGCAGUUAGAGAGGGGGCUUCCCAGACUCCCUAGCUGCAGGCCAUGAAGUUGGCCGCUGUGUACGUAGUGAAACGUUCCUGCUAGCCCUCUUUUUCUCAGCCAGUGAGUAAUCACAGGAAGGACUGAACUCAGCAAAACAGCUGAGGCCGAGACCCAAGCAUUCUGUGACUCAAGUCUGCUGCUGUCUGCAGUCCUGAGCUCAGUUAAUGCAACCUCGGCAACACCGAAGGCCUGAGGUGACAGAGAUGCUAAGGAGGAAUGCUUCUUUCUUGUCCAGAAGUCUUAGGCUACCUUCUUGCCUUUAUCUGAAAACAUGCCUUCUCUACAAAAGACAGAAUAGUUUAUGUCUGAAGACAUCAGCUUGUGGUUCCUGACUCUUGAAAUGUUUUAAAAGAUUAUGAAACAUAGGUGCUUCAGUUCAGUAGGGUAAAGUAAGUGUGCCAUUUCCUAGUUCCUGUUUCCUUGGUAAUCAUUUAAAUUGGACACAUUGAUUGUGGGUGAGGAGGAUGCUGCCUUACUCAGAGGGCUGCGUGACAGAAGUUGCUUACAAAUAGAAUUGGGGGUGGGGCACUGACGCAGUGGCUUAUCGGGUGAAAGCACUUGUCACCAAAGCUGACAACUUGAGUUUGAUCCCCAGGACAUCCCCACAUAUUGCAAGGAGAGAACUGAUCUCCACAAAUUGUCUGUGAGCCCUGCACACAGGCUGUGAUGUGCUUUCAUCCCCCCCCACCCCAGCACACACGCACACACGCACAGUAAGUGUAAUGAGACAGUCUUAUUGUAUGUACACAUUACAGACUGUGAAGUUUAUGAAGUGAGAGUCAUUGCCGCAUUACCUCCGCCUGUAAAUAGAGCUGUGUUUUCAUUCAGUUGACCAAGUUGUUGUCUUCUAAUACACUUUACUCUCAGAUUCGGUGCCUGAUUUGCCAUGAACUUGCUUUUCAGUAUUCUAGCUUUGGGGGGCAAACAUCACUAUAUGUAAUGAUCUGCAGAAUCAAAGCUUUGGAAUACUUAGUUAUUUACUGCCUACCCUGGCUAGAGAUAUGGGCUAGUGGAAUCUAUCGUGCUCAAGGCCAGCCUGGGCUACAUAGUGAGUUUCUGCCCAUCCUGGACUGCCAUGUUAGGACCCUUAAUUGAGGGAGGGAAAAGGAGGAAAAAGAGAGUGAGAGACAGAGAGAGUGAGAAUAUCCUUAUAUCAAUCACCUGCCCACAGAUUCACAUUUUUGCCUAAGCUGGUCAAGAAUCUGCAGGGUAUGUAAUGCUGCUUUAAGUCACCUCACAUUAGAGCAAACAUUAAUUAUAGUUAAUUGUAGGCAAACAGACCACUUCAGUGUUGAGACCUUGUAUAUAGGACCCGUAAGCUAAGACAAACUUUCUGAGAACUUUGUUCUGUACCCUCAGAACACCUAGGCUAGCAUUUGCCCCUAUAAUUCCUGAACCCAACCUGGCAGAAUUUCUCUGAGGGCCCAUAUAGUCAUCCAAACUUCUACUUCUGAGAAGCUUUUACAGAAGGAAACCUAUAGGAAAGCUUUGUCAUAUAAAGCAUUCUGUCCUGCACUUUAAAAAUUGUAAGCUCUUACAGCCUUCUGACAGUUUAUUCAAAGCAUAAAAACUAGUUCAUGAGUUUGUUAAAUGCAAAUCACAUGUAGCUCUGUCAACAUGUGUAUGACUAUGAAACAUGUCAUAUGUGAGUUUUCUAGACAAAGUAUGUUUUAAACAUGAGAUUUCCAUGUAUGCAUACAAGUUUACUACCUGAUUUUUGUCUUCAGGUAUAGUUUAUGGUACUACUGAAAAUACUUUUAAUAUUAUUACUCUGAUCUGAAUUUGUAAUAUAUAAUCUACUUUGGGAUGAUUGAUAAAAAAAUUUAGUCUCUUG